AUGAACGGGCUGCAAGAUGAACUAGAGAGGAAACGAGAACUCAAUCUGGAGUUCAAGACUAUCACGAGUGCUCUAGAGGUGCUAACGCACGUCUCGGGCGAGGCACCGAACUCCAGCUCUGACUUGGCUGGAAAGUCUUUGAAGCAGCAUGACGAAGUCAUCAGCAUGGUGGUUGACGCAGAAAUGAGCAUGGCAGUUGGUGAACAUCUCCCAAAGUUCUAUGCCAGUCCCGACAGCGUAGCAGCAGAUACGGUCAUGCCUACUUCAUACAAGGUCGCGACAGAUGGUCUUGGACCCAUUAUCCCUGGCGAUGACAUCAACUUCAUCUCUAGGGAGGAUUAUGCCGAAGUUGUUGACAUUUGCGAUGUUGUUAACACUCCAUCGAAUACGACAAAGGAUGCGGUAUCUCCUUGGGAGAACCCUUCGUACGUGGGCCCUCGGUACCUUGCCGCACCAAAUUCGAGAAACACACGUGUGAAGCCAUCGGGAGUUAGAAGAGGCAAUGUAGCCAGAUGUGCCAUGACAUACCCGUUCCAGGAUAACGAGGACUGCGAAAUCCUCAAAGCAGAGAUAUCUCCGGACACUUUUCAAGACAUCAGGAAGGACCCAAUACUGUAUGUUGUCAACUGCUGCCAUAAUCAGACAUUUCAAGACCACUGCGGGGUCAUAGUCAGUUUCUUGAAUGACUUCUUCAAGUAUUCCAUGCAGAAUCGUAGGAGCCUCGCAGAUAAGGAUAUGGAUGGGCUCAACAAGGACGAGUGGAUAACUAGUACAAAGUUCCGCAAAUACGUUUAUGCUUCGUCGGGAAUAAAGAUGAAACACCGGAUGUUCAGCUUCCCUUCUGAUGCCUUCUUCAACUCUCUCUUCAACCCAAACAUACUCCAAGGGCUUAGCAAACCCACAGAUAGCUGUCCAACCAAACUGACCCGAGCUGAUCGACAGCUUCUCAUCAGACUGGAUGGGAUGCUAAAGGAGCUCUCCGAUGUGGAACAGUCAGCCAAAUCUGUUGCGGAGUCACUGCAGGCAGGUGCCCUGUCGCGAUCCGGGAAGUUUGUCGCAUACUGGCAGAAGCAUUUCACGUCCUCUGGAACUCCUUUGAUUUCAAGCAAGGCCACGAGCGAGGCCGUGUCCUCCAUGCCGACUUCAAUUGGCAUUGCGAGCAAGGUUUCACCCGCAGUGCCACCUUCGUCCAUUCUGGAGGAAGCAGAAGCUGAAAUAGCGAAGCUGCCACUGAGAUCGCAGGUGCAGCCUAUGGCAGAGACGGUCGCUGAGGGGCUGUGCAACAUCGUGAAACCUGCUGAAGAUGAUUUGUAUGACCUGAUUAAACCAAUCCACAUCGACAACCACAUCAAUGCUGUUGAAAAGCUGCAUCGUGCAGUGACCGUUGUGUUACAAUCCUCCGAUACGAUUCACGCUUUCACCUACUCGGACUUCAUUGAUGACUAUCUGGAUGCCAUUUGGGAGACGCUGGAAGACAAUUUGAGCAAAUGCAGAGUGCAGAGGAGGUCAGAAGGGAGUGCGACAUCAUCACAGGCAGAGCCUGCAGAAGAGGUUCCUGACGUCAAUUUGGACACCAAUGUCCUCCUAUCUCGAGACCUGCCAACCAAAGAUGCAUUCAAGAAGUGGCUGCAUCUAUUGACACUAUAUACGGAAUCAAUACUUGUGAUCAAGCUAUCUCUGAUCAGACUUCAAGGCAAAUCAAUACCCGUAAAAGAUCCGAAAAUUUCGUUAAUGAGCAUCAAUGUCGUCACGUGGAAACAACCCAACAGCUCCAUGAUGAACCUGAAGAAUGUGCUGGAGAAGUUGUUGGAUAACGAAGGAAGGUUGCAGGCUGAUGAUAAGAAGUUCUACUCGAUGGACCAAUUAGUCACUUUCGUGAAUGAUGCCUUCACAACCAUGCAAGCGGACAGGAUGAAUAACAGAAAGAAGUUGCCCUUGCAGUCGACAAACAAGGACGAGGGCUUACGUGGUUCCACAGAGUUCGACAUGAGAUUCAAAGGACGGGUUCAUUGCGAAGGUGCUCUUGGAAGUCUACUGUUUCCACCGUCUGACUUUCAGGAUUACAAUUCCUGA